AUGAAGUCUCUCAUUUUGUCCUUGUUCUUUUACUGGGCCAUGAUCACCGCUGUGCUCACUCAGGACAGUAAGCCGGGCGGUCCAGUUCAUCCUGGACAGCCAUCCAACUGCAUUGCCUGGCAUACUGUCAAGCAAGGCGACGAUUGCGAGACUGUUCCCAGGAGGUACUACAUCACCAAAAAAGAGUUCCUGGCUUGGAACCCGACGGUCUCCAAAGACUGUUUGACCAACUUCUGGUUGAAGUACGCCUACUGCGUCAGAGUUGAUGGUGCCUCGGCUAUCUACACUACCGCCAAAUCCACUACCACGAGCAACAGUCGCAAAUACCCAGUCAACCAAGGAAAGCAUAACUUCAACCACAAAAAUGCCCUCAACUGA